GCAAACGACUUGGCACAACUCAGCCUCAACUUCCUCGUUCCGCACAGGUGGCAUAUGUAUCUGACCGUAGAGAACUACCCGCAGAUGGUCCACGUGAGGUCCCACUACGAGCCCACAGGCGAAAUCAUGCACACCGAGAUACCUACGACGGAGCUGUCCAUUGGCGCCCUCACGAUGAACUUUCGAGCGAAGCCCUUCAAGGAUAAGUGCAAUUCCGAGGUAAAGCAUCCAGACCAAAUUGUGAUCUACAACCUAUACAAGCAG